UAAAGCAACCCGCGCGAUGUUAAUGUUGUAUUUCGAAAAUGCUUACAAAGCCUUAGUAGAAAACAGUGAUGACACAUGUAGAAAUAUUUUGCGGAAAAAUAAAUAAAAAAGCGGGAAAUUUCUUCCUUGGUAGCCAAGUCGUCCGUUCAAAAAUUUAGGGCAACAAUUUUGUCACUACGAAUUUAGCAUUUUUGUGCUUGAUUUCCUCCAAGUUUGCACCUUUUUUGGCAUCAUAUUUGUCCCGAACGAGCAACUUUGAUGUAAAUCUGAUUUUUCAACUGGUCACAGAAAGACUGCUUUGGUAUUUUAGAAAACUGUGACCAUGCAGCCAGGAGACUUAAUUUGUUUUAACAACCGCCGCGUUCUUCAUGGUCGAAAUUCAUUCAAGCUUAAUGGUGGAGUCAGAUUUUUAAAGGUAUGUUUUUAUUUUAACGACACUAUACUUGCUUACCUUCCUUACUGCUCCCAGAAAAUGGAAAUGCCUUGAAAAUUAUUAAAUAGCAAAUAGAAAUAUUUAGAUUUCAAAUAAAAAUAUUAUUGUUUCCUUCGACCAACAAUUUGCUGUCUGCUCUCUUCGAAUUAUUUAUGUACUUCUCUUAGUAAUUACAACAAUUGCAAAUAAACACGAUAACAAAGUUUACUCUUAACUGGUCCUGUUCCAGUAGUUCCGAUAAUGGGGACGGUGCAAAGUAAAGUGAGGAGAAAAAAAAAUUAACAGCAAGGGGUGUACAGUAAACACCACAGGUAACCCAGGCUCUGUGAUAGUACCACAGUACGGUUCCAGUAAAAUUACAGUGUUUGUAUGGGGUAAAAAUAUCAUCCUAAAAUUUCUAGGAAAUACUAAAUAAAGAUCAAUGAAACUUACUCUGCAGUUAAUUGUUGUUGUCCUUAUUGCUCCAACGAAGUUUCGUGAUAAUUUGCAGUAAUUUGUUCAAAUUCACUCUAUCUACAAUAAUAGUAUAUUAUUAAUUACUAAUCGUUUUUCGAAGGCAAAAUCAUGUAACUUUCAUUUUCAUAAAAACGAUGUCAGAUGCCUCUUAGUGCAAAUGGCCUAUUCACACUGCGAAGAGCUUCUAUCAUUAUACUGUUUUCAACUCAGAAAAGUUAACGCGGUUGUUGAGUGAAGGAGAUUAAUUUCUCUCACGAUCACAAAGUGAUAAAACGCGGUUCAUAAUAUUUUAGUAACCUGUUUUCGUUACUGCAACAUUUUCGCUAAAACUCGUAGAAGAAUUACAAAGACUAUCUCGCUUUCGCGCCAAAAAUGACUAUGGUUCACGCCCGCGCACUUCUUAGUACUGAGAACUGAUUCACGUAGUCGUCCUCUAGAUGUCUCUGUUAUAAUAUAUUUACCUCAAGUACAGAAUCUUACCGGCUGUGACAUGCAGGUAUGUUUGGCAUUACUAUAGUUCGUACUAUUUGGUUUCUAACGUCCGGCACAACGUGUUCCUUCAAGAAGUCCUUGAUCGUGGCCAGGGCCGGCCAAGGCAUUUUUACAAGUGCCAAAUCUUUUGUAAGUUUUGAAUGAAUUGCUAACCGGCCUUAGUGGAACGUCCCCUGUUCUGCAUAUUAUACAUCUUUCAAAAUAUUUCGCCGUUUCUAUUUCGCUCCAAUCCCCCGGCUAAUUCUCCGUAACCCGCCAGCUGAUGCUUACCAUAUUUGGAAGAAAGUCCGUCGAUUCGAUGGUGUAUUGCCUAUUAGUAAAAUCCAACUAGUUGUCUAUUAUCAAUGCUGCGUUCUGAUUGGUUGAACUACUACUAGGCUAUAUGUUAUAGCCCACUAGUAGCGAAAAGCUUCGGCUUUGAAAACCAAAACAAUGGUCGCUGAAUCGCGUUUUGCCAGCUAAAGUUGUUUUGUCUCGAUAUUUUUGACCAACUAGUUGGAUUUUACUAAAACAAUUAUUCGUCUUGGCCUCAUGGCCUCUGAGUCAAUAGCCCAUGAGGCCGAAGAGACCUUAAGAUACCCCGAAAUCGGUGUACGGGUAACGGGUAGCGCCAUGUUUUUUUUCAUUUUGUGGUGACGUCAUCGACCUUACCCGGUAGAACCAGCCGUUUUUCCGGGGUAGACACCAGGUUACCCGUAGAAGAUUUACGAGUAGCUACAAGUCCUACAUGAUGGAGAAACGAGUAAGUUUUUAAGACUUUUUAAGUACAAAUGUAAAUUGUAUGACUCCUUGGCAAUGUUAUUGCAAGUCUGUUCAAAUAUUUUUGCCAAAUUUGAAUUUUAGCUGUAAAGAAAGCGCUUCAAAAUGUAUUGAUUCUGGACCUCAAAUGCACAGGUUGAACUCUGACAUGAUAUCAAUUUGUGGCGGUAUUUGGGGGAAUUUCUGAGAAUUGCUCGAACGUUUGAGUUUCGCAAAAGAAAUAGCAUUCAAAAAUUUAGCAUGGGAGUCACUGUUGAAGUUGACAAUCAAAGGAAUUGUUUGGUGAUGUGCCUCGAUCAAAUGGUGGGGUUUGCGAUAACAAGCUUUCAGUCGAGGGACUUCCCGCCAAUUAAGUUUCUUAAAAUCUUUCUAUGAUAUUUCAAUAAGCUUAUGUAUGAAUGAAUUAUUUGUUGCAGCUUGUUGUUAAGAUAUGAAGCAUAGAAUAGGAGGGAGAUUUUGUAUGCAUUAAGCGACAUGCAUGUACAAAGUUAGUUUUGCGUGCUUGUUCUUCGGGUAUCUUAAUCGAAAUAGUCACGCACAUGAACAUUUUACGUGUACGGGUACACUACCCGUACCCUUACACCGAUAUCGGGGUAUCUUAAGGUCUCUAAUUGACUCAGAGCCCUUCGGGCUCGACGAAUAAUUGUUAAAUAACUCAUCGAUCCACCUCGUUUCUGGGCGAGGCAGCUUAGUUGUUUAUGCCUGAUUGAACUAAAAUAAUGGCGUUCACACGCUCAUGACUAAAACUUAGCAGAAGAAAUGCAAGAAUACAUAUAAAGCACGAUGGGUUUUAUCUUUUUUUUUUGGUCGGCAGUAUCUGUAAGAAAAAAUCAUCUGUUUAUAUCCUGCAACUGGCCGAAAAAUAGGCCAAUACCUUUUUAUAUAAAUUUCAACAAUUUAUUACAUUACAGACAAAAAGAGAAAAAAAGAAAGAAAAACAAUGGUGCAUAGUGCGAAAAAAGGAAAUAAAAAGUGGUGUACGUCAUUAAUCAAACUACAUUAAUUUUGUAAAACGCGGUCGUCGAUGCUUUGAAGAAAGUCUACGAGGAGGCAAGCCUUAUGCAGAUCUCGGAGGCUGAUAACAUUCCCCGCGAUCUGCAUAAUCAAGCCUCAUUGUUAAAAUGUUAUUUACGGUUUAGGUUAACGUUUUCUUACAUCUGUUUUUCUUCUUCUUUGUAUCCAAGGGUUGCUAUGUCAACAUUGACGAGUUCCGGAACACAUUCCAAGUGAUGUCGGAGUUGAUGGGCUCGUAUCAGCCUUGCAAACGGAUUGGCAACCAAUGCUUUUUAUAAAAGAGCAAUAUGUUGUGGUAAAUGUUACAUUGAACAUUUGUGCAAUCUACGGAGGGCCUAACUCAGUAAACAGGAUAUUUUUCUGGCUUUCCUGCCAGAAAACACCGAGGAAUGUCCCCUAUAAGUUUCAGGAACUUGUGUAGGCAUUUAUAGAUCUCCAUAUUUCGCAGUGCUGCUGUAAGUAGACUUCAUUUAGGAAGUUCGAGAAUUUUUUGCCAGAAUUCCUAUAGAUUUUAGUCUAGAGUGGUGAAUGGUUGUAAGUUGUAGAGUUUCACAGUUGCAAAGCUGCCCUUAUUAUGCAAUAAAUCUUGUUGCUGUUCGAAAAAUCCUGACGUUCAGUCAGGUCUGUAAGCAACAAUGCCGAUCACUCGUAAACGCACCGUGCGCUUGUUCAAUAGCCAACCCGGUUACCCCUUGCUAGCUGAGAUUUUUCAUCCUGCUAUGUUCCCAUUUGUACUAUUUGUUUAAAAUUAUUUGAGCACAGUGCCUUUAAACCAGAUUCAGUCUGCCGCACAGCCAUUAGCCCGCGUAGCAGACUACUGAAAGUGAUAGACAUUUUUUUAUGGCGCGUCUUGGCAAUCAGAGCGAUACACUUCUAAAGAUUGACACACCACGUGACCCUUCUAUUAUGAUACCAUGUUAAACUUCUUUCAAAACCAGCCUGUCCUUACGUCUACGAAUCGAUGAAUAAAUUGCAUCUACAAGCCACUAUUUUACUUUGUCAUACAUCUUCAAGGACUGAAAUUUGCCCUUGGACUCAGGGGAGGCAUUGGACUCAAUGGAGUCAUCUACAGAGUGUUGUAUUUUCUUUGCUCUUUACUAUAGAUUAAACACUCCUGAAAACUUCCUUGGUCAUAAGAGAAUCAGGCUAGUUUUGUAAAAUUGUUAAACCUGCCGUGACCUACUUAUCGAUAACUUUUCUCCAGCGGUAGAUCUUUAAGAACAAAUGUCGCUAAGGAUU